AUGCCACGUCACACCACUGCCGUCUUCAUUCUGACUUCGCUGAUUCUGAAGGGCAUCGACGCACGUGGAAGGUACGAAUUCAUCGAAGAAGCCGACUUGCCAGCCUUCUACUCGUGAGUCCUUCUCUUCGUGUUUUCCGCACCGUGAGAGUUCUGUUCGCAAAAUGGAACAGAGCAGUGUUCUGAUUUUCAGAAUGAGGAGUGCUCAGAUGGCUCAGAAGGCUCAGUUGACUCCGCAAGUAGCGGCGAUUCCGCAGGAUCCGUACUCCCAGUACCUACCGUAUCAGAUGUAUCAGCCGAUGGAAAUUCCAGCAGGCUAUUCGCCAUUCGCAGUGUACAGUCCUAUUUAUAGAGGUAUUUAAGGGAAGGGAACAAUAGAAGAGCAUGCAGUAAAUGAUCAUUCUCAGGCCCAGCUCCCGGACCUCCACAAGCAUUCCAAGCGGCCCGACCGAGUCCCGUACAAUAUCAUCCGAUGGCCUACUAUCACGCACAAGCAGGGCAGCCACAGGCGCCGAUUCGAAAGAAAUCGGCAAAAGUCUAA